AUGCAGUCACUCACAAAAACCGUCCUAGAUUCCCCUUCUGCCCUCCCACCCAUUGAGGGUACCGGCAAUGAUAGCCGUCUGGAUUUGAUAGGUAUACCCCACUUUGGUCCUCACCCCAUUUCAUCACCUCAGGUCAUCGACAACUGGCCCCUGCUCAUUCGACCUUCUAUGGGACUCGUAGUUCACAAAACCAGGAAGCGCAUGAAUGAUUGCAAGCGGCGUACCCCAGAUCAUUACUACCCGAUUAGGUCACAACGACCCCAGAGGUCAACAUCGAGACCGGCACGGACUUCUCGAGGUCGGGGCGUGGCUCUUCGAUAA